AUGAAGCUUACACUCCUCACGGCGCUGGCGACCGCUACGCCGCUCUGCGCCGCCACACUCACGCCCAACUACCAGUACCUCCCUCCUCUCCGUGAGCAAUCGGCUCUUCAAGAGAAAUGGUACGCCGAGCGCCGCGCCACGAUUCCCGCCCUUCUCCAGAAGCACGGCGUCGAUGCCUGGCUGCGCGAGUACGCCGAAGACACCGUCUUCUGGUCCCUCACACCGUCCUUUUCGGCGCGUCGCCGGACGACCAUGCUCUUCCUCGCGCCGUCGGCCGCGGACCCGUCGCUGGCCACGGCGCACACCUUUGUCGACAACACGGCGCGGCUGUGGGACGACGUGCGCGCGGUGCUCGCGCAGCGGGACCCGGCGCGCAUCGCCGUCAACGCGCCACCCCGAGAUUGCGUUCGCGUCGGGCCUGCACGCGGGGGAGCUGGCGGCGGCGCGGCGCGGGCUCGGCGGCGUGUGGGCGGAGCGCUUCGUCGGCGAGGCGGCGCCGAUGCUGGCCGUCGAGAGACGGCGUGGGCCAUCAUCGCCGAGGGCUUCAGCGAGCGCGUCAUCACCCCGGGGCAGACGACGGCCCGGGACGUCGAGUGGUGGAUGCGCGACAAGAUCCAGAGCCUCAACUACACGACCUGGUUUCACCCGAGCGUCACCAUCAUCAAGCCGGACACGCCCUGGGGCGCGGCCGCCUCGGAGGAGGAGGACGAGGAGGAGGACGAGGAGGACACGCCGAUUGCGCACGGCGACCUGCUGCAUGUCGACUUUGGCGUCUCGGCGCUCGGCAUGCACACGGACACGCAGCACCUCGCGUACGUGCUCCGCCCCGGCCAGACGUCACACGACGACGUGCCGCGCGGCUUCCGCGAGGGCCUCGGCAAAGGCAACCGCCUGCAGGACAUGACGCGGCGGCACAUGCGGCCGGGGCGCACGGGCAACGAGAUCCUGGCUGCCAUCCGCCACGAAAUGGCCGACGAGGGCUUGGAGGGCAAGAUUUACUGCCACGCGAUUGGCGACUGGGGUCUUUCUGCUGGUACAGUGAUUGGCAUGACAAACUUGCAGGACCAGGUCCCCAUCCUCGGCGACCUCCCGCUGCUGGCCAACACCUGGUACAGCGUCGAACUGCGCGCCGACCACUUCGUGCCCGAGUUCAACGCCACGUUUAGCUUCCCGCUCGAAGAAGACGUCUACUGGAGCCCCGAGGGCGGCUUCGAAUGGGUCUAUGGGCGCCAGGAGCGUCUUCACCUCAUCCGGCCCGCUGGGCAUGCGUCCAAGCAACAAGGGUCGUCUCCAGAGUUGUAA